ACCUCAGCAACAUGUCUCUCUUCACCCCCUUAUACAUUCAAAGCCGAAUGGAAGGAGAGGGGCGCCAUUUUCCUGUAGCCUCGCCAGACUAGUGCAAUGUGGAUUAUAGAGCGACCGUCACGUGACAUACUUUUGCUGUAAACCAUAGAUGUAUCGUUUUAGCUGUUGUGCCCAGAUCUGAGGGCUUCCUGGGGGGGUAUCACCAUCGUUCCCGCGGAGGAUCUGAUCAUGGUCAGUGUCCACCACAAUACCCCCUCCAUGACUGAUCAGGUGAGGAUGGACUGCGAUGAGGUGACCCAGAGGAUCGUAAAUGUCGCCCUGGAGAUCGUCUACCUGCUGACCGGAGAGGAUCACGGUCCCAUGAAGACGACCACCCAGUCCAGCACAGAGACGCCUCCAUCUUAUUUAGAGAGAAAACACAAGAAGAGGAUCCUAGACCUCACCACCAAGAUCAUCGAGCUGCUGACGGGAGAGGUUUCUCUCCGGUGUCAGGACGUGGCGGUCUUUCUCUCUGUGGAGGAGUGGGAGUAUCUAGAAGGACACAAGGAUCUGUAUAAGGACGUCACAAUGGAGACCCAGCAGUCGCUGCCAUCCCCAGAUGGUUCCAGUAACACAUCACAGAGAUGUCCCAGUCCAGACGAUCCACAGGAGUCUACAGAGGCGAGUGAUGGCGUCCUGCAGGGUGAUCAGGAUAAAGGCUUCCGAGUCAUUAAAGUAGAAGCUGUGGACACGGAGGUGUGGGGGGAUGAGCCGUGCGAGGAGGAGGAGGAGGAGAGCACUACAUAUAUCUAUCCAGAUGAAUCCAGUAGGAGAAACAUGUCAGAGAGAUCUCCCAGUACUGAUGAUCCACAGGAGUCUACAGAGGAAAGUCACAGUGUCCUGCAGGAUGAUCAGGAUGGAAGCUUAAAAGCCAUCAAAGUAGAAGUUGUAGAGACAAAGAUGUGGGGGGAUGAGCCGUGCGAGGAGGAGGAGGAGGAGGAGGAGGAGGAGACUGCUACAUAUAUCUAUCCAGAUAGAUCCCGUAAGAAACACCUAUCAGAAAGAUGUCCCUGUCCAGAAGAUCCACAGGAGCCUACAGAGGAAAGUCACAGUGUCCUGCAGGAUGAUCAGGAUGGAAGCUUAAAAGUCAUCAAAGUAGAAGCUGUAGAGACGGAGAUGUGGGGGGAUGAGCCGUGCGAGGAGGAGGAGGAGGAGGAGACCGCUACAUAUAUCAAUUCAGAUGGAUCCAGUAGGAGAAACAUGUCGGAGAGAUGUCCCAGUCCUGAUGAUCUACAGGAGUCUACAGAGGAAAGUCACAGUGUCCUGCAGGAUGAGCAGGACUUGCGAGUUAUCAAAGUAGAAGACGUGAAUGUGUGGGAGGAUGAGCCGUGCAAGCGGAAGAAGCCUGCAGGUUCAGCGCCGACCGUUUAUCUCAAUAUAUUCACAUGUAGCGACUGCGGCAAAGGCUUCCCCUUUAAAUCAAAGCUGAUGAGACACAGACGGACUCACACGGGCGAGGCGCCGUUCCCAUGUAACGACUGCGGGAAGAGCUUUAAACAUAAAACCUCGCUCAUCGACCACCAGCGGAUCCACACCGGAGAGAAGCCGUUCGCCUGCUCUUACUGCGGACACAGGUUCGCCCACCGCUCCACCGUCCUGGACCACGAGAGGACUCACACGGGCACCAAACCCUUCGCCUGCGCCGAGUGCGGCCAGAGCUUCACCAUGAGAUCCACCUACGUCAACCACAUGCGGCUGCACACGGGGGAGAAACCCUUCGCCUGCUCCGACUGCGGAAAGUGCUUCGCGCAGAAAUCCGCGCACGACAAACACCGCUACCUUCACACCGGGGAGAAGCCCUUCCCCUGCGCCCGGUGCGGGAAGAGUUUUUCGGGGAGGUCUCUUCUGGCAGAGCACGAGAGGACUCACACGGGGGAGCGACCGUUCACGUGUUCCGAAUGCGGCAAGUCUUUUUCGCACAGGUCCACGCUUACCACGCACAAGUUAACUCACACGGGGCUGAAGAUGUUCUCCUGUACGCAGUGCGACAAAUCCUUCACUACCAAGAAAGCUCUGGCGAGACAUUGGCCGACCCACGGGGGGCACAAGGAAUCGGAGGGGUUGGAGGUAUCGGGUGAGAAAAGUCUCAUCCAAGAUGGAGCCCGCGACUUACCUCAGCCAGAAAUCCAUGAGAGCAGAUACUCUGAUUAGCCGCCAUAUUGGCUUUUUUUUUUCAUUUGGACAAUCAAAAAGCCUGUGCCCGUCCCUCCCUUAGCUCUUCCUGGCAGUCUCAAUCAGUAUUCGGCUGUCAGGUCAUGCUGGGAGUUUCGCCACAGGUUGGGGAACACAGAUUCAUAGUUUUUUUUUAAAGAGUGCGUCUCCAGCUGUUGCAAAACUACAACUCCCAGCAUGCCCGGACAGCCUUCGGCUGUCCGGGCAUGCUGGGAGCUGUAGUUUUGCAACAGCUGGAGACCCGCAGUUUGGUAAACACUUCUGUAAGGAAACCAGAAGAAAGAAGUUCCCAUUAACUUUGCACAGCGUAAGACAUGAAACAAAAGUAUACGUGUUGUUUUUAAAAAACAAACAAAAAAUGUUUUUGUUAUAAAUAUAUAUAAAAAAAAUUUUUUUUAAACAUUUAUUUAUUAUAAAAAGAUUUGAUCGGUCGGGGUCUGAGCUAUGGAUCGGUAGAGAAGCUGUCACACUCUCCCCGCUCUGUGUCUUACAUUAUGUCUAGAUCCAGGUCACGUGACACACGCACUUUUCUCCGUCGGGGUCUCGGCGCUCAGACCCAGACCAGUCAAAAACUUUUGAUUUUGUUUCUACAACAUAUAACAAGUUUUUUAUUUUAAAGGGGUACUCCGGUGGAAAUCAUUAUUAUUAUUAUUAUUUUUUUAUUUAUUUAUUUUUUUAAAUCAAAUGGUGCCAGAAAGUUUAAAAAGAUUUGUAAAUUAAAAAAAUCUUAAACCUUCCAGUACUUAUCAGCUGCUGUAUAAUCCAGAGGAAGUUGAGUUGUUCUUUUUCUGUCUGUCCACGGUGCUCUCUGCUGACACCUCUGUUCAUGUCAGGAAGAGUGAUGAGCGGCAGGGCGCCAUAUUCGGAUUCGCGAUAUUUUGCGAAUAUAUUGGCGAUUAUUCAUCCUAUUUUCGUGAAAUUUGCCUAUUCGCUAUGUACGUUCGCUUUUUUUUCCCCCCUGCGAAAAUUCACAUAAAAAUUUGCAUGUGAUGUGAAAAAACACACAAAAAAAGAAAAUUCGGCACUACGAAUAUAUAGCAUUAUAUUCAAAAUAUUAGCGAAAUCGCAAAGUGCCGAUAUUCGCAAUAAGAAUUCGCAUCACAAAUAUUCGUGCUCAACACUAGUCAGGAACUGUCCAGAGCAGCAGAGGUUUGCUAUGGGGAUUUUCUCCUACUCUGGACAGUUCCUGACAUGGACAGAGGUGUCAGCAGAGAGCACCGGGGAAAGACAGAAAAAGAAAUUAAAAAAGAAAAGAACUUCCUGUGUAGCAUACAGCAGCUGAUAAGUACUGGAAGGAUUAAGAUUUUUUCAUAGAAGCAAUUUACAAAUCUGUUUAACUUUCUGGCGCCAGUUGAUUUAAAGAAGGAUAGUGUCCAUUUAAAGGGAACCUGUCAUCAGUUUUAUGCUGCCUGAACAGCCCAAAACCGUUGCAGGCAGCACAAUGUCCGGAGACUAAGAAUUAGUCUGAUACGCCUGGGUGUUUUUGAGUAAUGUUAGUUUAACCCCUUAAAGGGGUUAUCCAGGGAAAAAAAACUUUUUUUUAUAAAUAUCAACUGGCUCCAG